UCCUACAGAAUUUCAUCAUAGGCCAGAAAACUCCAGUCCAAUCUCAUUCCAUCCUCUCUCUCUCUCUCUGGCUAUACAUACAAAAUAUACGCGCGCAAUAAUUGUAUAUUUUGAUGGCUUCUUUCUUGUCAAGGUGCGAGCGAUAAGGGGUGAGAGACAAUUCGUUACGAUUGGGUGAUGCUAAGAUUUGUCUUUGCCUUCGGAAACAUUUUUCAAUUUAGCCUGAGCUUUUGAUGAUCUGCAGCUGGUUAGAAUACAUGGAUCGCCAAAAAACGGAGAAUCCAAAUAGUUUUCUUGACUGGCUUGAGACAGAUGUCUCCCUUCAUGUUAUGAGUUUGUUAGAUGACCCGGCUGAUAUAGCUACUGUCUCUGCUGUCUCGCGUCAUUGGCGCCAAUUUGUGAUUGCAAAUGGGCUUGCAAAACAGCUGUGCUUAAAAAAGUUCCCGCAGCUCUCUGGUGUUGUGGAAGUAGUGAAUGGAACUGAAGGAACAACGGAUUCAGUUGCAGUCAAUGCCAGUAAUGCUGUCGAAUGGGCGGUCCUCAAGAGAGACCACUGGGCUUAUGCAUCUCUACUUCAGGCCAUCCUGAAAUCGAAGGUUUCACCAAAGGAUUGCAUAGCAAAAGCAGUAAGUGCAUCUAGCACCGACAAUUAUCCAGACGAAAGUGUUGUUAAUACAUUGAAUCCAAGGGACAGAUUCAUUCGGAGAGCUUCGUACUGGUCAAGUAAAGGACAAAGUAAUCCUGACGUGCCGGAGACGUUAGUUUAUAAACUAAGUGCAGGAAUUUGGGUUGUUACUGAAGUCGAUAUUCAACCAUUUGAAGCUUUUUUCCAGAUGGGAAAACCCAUAUACUCUGCCAAAUUUGUAAGAUUCAGAAUGGGCCAUCUGAAAUCCCCAAGAGAGAUAGGAGACGACCUCCAAUGUUUACCAUUGCAGAAACCUGAUGAUGACAAGUUUGUAUGGACUUACACUUCUCCACAAUUUCCCAUGACACAGGAGAAUUGCUUGCAGCCGUUCAAGCUACCAGAGCCGGUCCUCUGCGUUGGUGGAUAUAUGCAGAUUGAACUGUUGGGUAGGGUCCAGAGGCAGGAAAUCGAUGGAUUAUUCUAUAUAUGUGUGUGCUACGUUCGGGUUCUUGGGCGUCCUCUAUUCCCUGCAUUCGACAUGGAGAUUCUGGAGCCAAAUGGGGAGCUUUUGCUCAAGUUUUACCCCAAGAAUCUCAACUGUGUGCUGCAAAACUCGUCGCGGGAUGAGAUCCCUGAACUACGCCACCUUGAAGAGAAGAUGUUGUGGGAUCGAAUAGGUCUGCUGGAGGAUUUGUUGCGCGGGAUACAACAAGGGCCUAACCAUGCCUUGGCUUUGGAAGAAGAUGACGACGAGGAUGGCAUGGAUGCCGAACUUGUUCCCUAAUUUUCUGAUGCUAAACCGCUCUUCUUUUUCUGUUUUCGGCUGUGUAGAUGAUUAAGCUUUUGAUGCACUUGGUAUUCUUGUCAAUGAGCAUGUAUAUUGAGUGGCUUCUAAUA